GUUCCAGUUUUCCUCUCCCAGCUUCAGAUGCAUCUUUUAUUUCUUUUUUACCGGGGUAUCCCAACUGUGCAUCUAAGAUGUGACUGGAUUUUUAAAACCCCUCCUCCCAACCAGGCACUGGGAGGACUUUUGCAUUGCUACUCUUGGUAAUCCGGUUCAGUCUGCUGUUGCGGGCAGAAACCGGUGUCGUGAGGUGGUCGUUACUGCGAACGUGCCUCUCCAUCCGACUGGGUUGGACCCUUCUAAUCCACGGAUGAUGAAUUUUCAAGAGCAUCAAGCAUCAACGGCAGGCUCGAGACCCCUCUGAGAGGGUAAAUAUUUAACGGGCUACCGGCAAAGAGACGAGACAAGGAGGAGAGGGAAAUCUCCCGACGGCCGACUGAGGGCGGAAGGAGAAGAAGGGGGACCGCUGGCAGUAAACCAUGGCUGCCAUGACGACAGUGCCCAGCUACACUGCUUCGAUAUGGGUGAGAAUGUGUCAUGCUCUGCCCCGACUGGACUUCAGUAUGCAGAUGAGGGACAACACCUUUGUCCCUGACAGCUGGGAGUACCAGCAGACUCUGCUGAUUUUGUCCAGUCUAUCAGCCAUCGCCCUCGUCAUCUCCCUCUUGGUGGUUCUCUCCUUCCUCAUACACUACUGCUGCUGUCACCGCGGCGACCGGAGCGAGGGAUCCGAAGAGGAGGAGGAGGAUGAAGAUGGCAGCACGGGUCACGGGUACAGCGGGAAGAAGGGGAAGGGCAUCUGCUGUGUCACAUGGGUGGCGGUCGCCGCUGUCACGCUGUGCUGCGUUGCCAUAGGCAUCGGUUUCUAUGGCAACAGCGAGGCUAAUGAUGGGAUGUAUCAGUUGACCUCGUCUCUUCUCACGGCCAAUUAUACGCUAGCUUCCAUCGAUCUACUGAUAUCCGACACAAUUAACGGACUGCAGCUCUCCGUCUCUGGCCCCCUCUCCUCGAUGGAGGAGCUGUUUUCCGGCAGUAAACCCUUCUUGGUGUCGACGCGGAACUGCCGGAGGUUAUCUGAGAAUGUGAUCAACCUCCUGUCCUCCAUCUCUCUGGCUCGGUCCAGCGUGGAGGCAGGUCUGCUGGGGAACGACAGCAGCAUCAGCGGGGCGUCCAUCAUUCCUCUGACGCCGGUCCCUCCCUCGGUGGCUCCCACGGUGGUGCCUACCAGCAACCUACUCCCAAACCCCUUCUCGCCUGGCUGGGCAGCUAACACGCUGAUGGUCAAUGAGGACUACAGGUGGUUGUCAUACGUGUUGCUGCUGCUGCUUGACCUCAUCAUUUGUCUGUUCAUCCUGCUGGGACUGGCCAAACAGGCCCGCUGGCUGCUCAUCCUGAUGACCGUGCUGGCCUGGCUGGCUCUCUUCCUAAGCUGGGGCUCGCUGGGUUUGGAGACGGCCACUGUGGUGGCUCUCAGUGAUUUCUGCUCAGAUCCAAACACGUUCGUCCUGAACUCCACCCAGUUCAGCGCGGGCACCAGCUCAGAUGUGUUGGAUUAUUACCUGACCUGCAGCCGGCGCAUGACCAGUCCAUUCCAGCAGCUGCUGACCCAGUCGCAGAGAGCGCUGUCGAACAUCCACACACACCUCUCCAGUCUGGACAGAAACGCUCUCCCGCAGUUCCCCAAGGCCCAGAAAUCCCUCAGGGAGGUUCAGCAGAUCCUCAACUCCACAGAAGGCAACUUCCACCAGCUGGUGGCGCUGCUCAACUGCCGGGGUCUCAAUAAGGACUACAUCGACUCCCUAAAAGGCCUGUGUUACGAUGGGAUGGAGGGACUGCUCUACCUUUCUCUUUACUCGUUCCUCUCAGCAUUGGCCUUCACUGCCAUCCUUUGCUCUUUGCCUGGAGCCUGGAGGAGCUUCCCCAGCGAAUCAGAGGACUACGACGACUCGGACAGCGAGAGUGAGGACCCCUUCACCUCCCAUCAGGCACGUAGACAGGCGUCCUCGGGGUCUCAGCGAGGGGCCAUGGCCCCCUUCUAUAAUUACCCGGGGGCCGGGUGGACACCCCCCUUUUCUAGUGCGCCGCCCCUCCCGACUCCAAACGUUUCCUCCAAUGGCAACCCUGGCUAUGAGAGCCUACCCCUGACCGACAGGCAGUCCCCACCCCCCUCUUACUCUCCCAGCAUGCUGACUGGUUACGGGGGGAAUCAAUCACACCCUAACCCCCCUCAUUCGAGGAACCUGUAUUCACGUUGAAAAAUGUUAUUUUUUUGUUUGUUUUUUUGUUAGAAAAUGUAUAGAAAAAAAGUUUAGUUUUCAUAUAAAUGGACACUUUAAUGAAAUAAAAAAGAGGAAACUAAUCUAAAUAAAACGAAUGCUAGAUGUGAAUUCAAAGUGCGUAACAUCUGAACCACUGAAAACAAUUAACAAAAGCACUUAAAAAGGAAGGACUGCUCAUGUUUCCCAGCUGUUGUGUUGCUGGUUGUUUGUGCGAAGAUACGAAUCGAGGCCUCUCGGCCGAACGUCUCUCCUCCUUUCGAUGUCCGAAACUCUGUGUAAACUGUGAACAGUGGUGACGCAAGUCAGAAUGGUACUGAUGUGACUACGUUGUAGUUUUAUAUUCUUACAUGUAUCUGUAUCACCGAGUUAUUCUCAUGUUUUUAUAUGAAUAUUGUGAAGAGAAAAAAAAAAACACCGGCACGUAGCAACACGAUACAUCGUUUUUGUUUCUGUGAAUGGUUCUGCAGUUCUUUUGUUUUUUUAUGAUGACUUUUUAUAGGUGGCAAUUCUGUAUUUCUCUUUUCCAGUGGUACGCUUGUAUGUUUCACUGUUGACAGCAUCUCGAUAAUCUUGAAUCAUUGUUGGGAACAAAAUAAAAAAAAUGACUAGGGCUACUGAGACCCUGGGUGUUUCUCAAUGUCAAGGCGCCUUGCCUUGCGAGGCGAUGUCCUGCGAGGCCACUGUCCUUCCUUGGUCAAAGAAAAUGGUUAAAUGGAACAGACUUGCAUCACGCGACCGCGGCUUCCACGGCGGUAACGUCACGUGACACGGGAGAUAACGUUAUAUUUUAUAUGUAUUAGUUUCAAUAUAAAUAUAUAACGAGCCUUUUACUUUUUAAAUUGUGUAUAUGUUUAUUAAAUUAAAAAUAUAAGCGAGUUACUACCCGCUAGUCACCGAAGCUGCAACUACUAAGCAACUAACCAACCAUAGAUAACUUCUUUGGAUCUAAAAAAAAAAAAAAAAACAUUUUAAAUUAGCUGACUUACUUUUAAACUUGAAAAUUGUCCCCGAAGUAGCUACCGCCUUCUGAUCCAUUGUUCUUUUGAAAAUACCGCGGUGUAUUGUGGGUAAUUUUAGACCAAGUCUAGGCUACAAGACACCUCUCGUGUAUCCUUGCUUAGCUAGCUAAACGGCUAACAAACGGAGACACAAUACACCGCGGUAUUUUCAAAAGGACGACGGAUCAGAAGCCGGCAGCUACUUCGGGAACAAUUUUCAAGUUUAAAAAUAAGUCGGCUAAUUUAAAAUGUUUUUUUUUUAGAUCCAAAGAAGUUAUCUAUGGUUGGUUAGUUGCUUAGCUGCAGCUUCUGUGACUAGCGGGUAGUAACUCGCAUAUAUUUUUAAUUUAAUAAACAUAUACACAAUUUAAAAAGUAAAAGGCUCGUUAUAUAUUUAUAUUGAAACUAAUAAUUUAACUGUUUUCUUAGACCAAGGAAGGACAUAGUCCUUGUAAGGCGCCUGGCCUUGUGAGGCCAGGCGCCUUGACAUUGAGAAACACCACCUGUUGAAAAUGGAGAACUACAACUUCCACAUCAGUAUUGAGAGAAGAUAACUACAAAUCCCAAUGCAAGGACAGCAAGUACAUAGCAAUAGGAUCCUUGCUACUGGUGCUGCAGUAGCUCUACUAUAACGAGCAAUAAUGACUAUGUACAGCAUCGGGUUUCUGACAUCUCUCCAACAUGUGUGUAUAUAUGGUACAGUCUGAGAUUUCCAUCCCUCCUUUACCAACUUAACCCUAGAAUUGAGUUUGUACGGUUAUCAAUGCCCCUUUUGAAUGGCAUCCUUUUACACUCAAGAGUCUAAUAUAAAUAAAAACUUCAAUAACCUGACAA